AAUGUCAUUUUUUAUAACCUCUUUCAUUGCUAAUCUUACGAAUUUAUUUUCUAAAUUAUUUGAAAAAUGGAUGGAAUAUCUAAAUAUAAUAGUUUCCUGGCUCUUCACAAAUCUCAGCUUGUAUCGUCAGGUGUGCCAGAAAUAUUUUGGGCCACUUUAUGUAAAAAGUUGAGCUCUGAAAUAUUCGAUUCCGGUUUAACUUUUCAAAUAGUAGAAAUUGAUUAUGAAGACACGGAAAAGAAUUCUUACGAUCCACUUUGGAGUGUUAUAGCCAUAACAAAUAUUGAUCCUGCCGAUCCUACUCAUAUCUACUUAAUAGACCAUGCUUGGACUUUUAAAGCAAACCGUGUAACAUAUACUUUAAGAAACCAACCAGAACUUUUACAAAGGAUGUGUAAUAUGAUGAGAAUUAGUGGUGAUACUGAUGAUGAAAAAAUAGACAGAGUGAAUCAAAAUGUGUGGAAGUAUGCCCAUACUUAUGCUAUAGGAGGAACUGAAUUUUCUAUAGAAGAAAGAGUGCCCGUUUGGUAUGUUAUGGACGAAUUGGGUUCAGGAAUUACACACUCUGAUAACCCCAAUUUCAGAACUGUACCUUUUAUUAAUGUGCCUGAUCAAAUGACAUAUACAUUACUCUUUCCAAUUGAGUAUGUUGAACAAAACAAUAUAGUAACAAGAAAUUUUGUUGAAGGCAACUAUCCAGAUUCCCUUCAAAGAGAAGCUAUGCUUAUUCCUUGGAAACAUUAUGACUAUUUUGAUGAGGAUUUCACACAACAAGAGCCACCUUCAGAGUACUUUAUAGAGGGCCACAUAAUGGAAACAUUGCCUAAUUUAGAUUUUUUGAACCAGGUUCUGGAAACUCCAACCACACUCAAGGUGUACUCAGAAUAUGCUUACAUUAAUGAAUUUUUAACUGCACCUGAAUUUGAAAUAGUGAAUAAUGAACAGGAUGCUGAUGUCCUAUGGUAUUUAAAUCAUUUUAAAACAUUCAAAGAGCUCAGUGAAAAUUUUCCAAAGAAAUUUGUCAAUCAAUUUCCUUUUGAAUAUGUUAUCACUAUCAAAGAUUUAUUGGCUAUUGUGGCAAGAAGGUGCCAUAAGAGUGAUAAAAAUUUCAACACAAGCCAUGAAAGUCUACCUGCAUGGCUGCCAAAAACAUUUAAUAUGAAGACUGAAUUGCCUAAAUUAGUUUCAUAUUACAUGAAAAGAAAAAAGGCUGAUUUAGAUAAUAAUUGGAUUUGUAAACCAUAUAAUCUUGCAAGGGGACUUGAUACUUAUAUUACAGAUAAUUUAGACUUUCUUUGUCGAUUGCCACUGACUGGUCCAAAAAUAGCACAAAAAUAUAUUGAAGAUCCUGUUUUAUUUGAAAGACCAGAUAUAGGUUUAGUGAAAUUUGACAUACGCUAUGUCAUUGUCUUAAAAUCUGUUAAACCCACAGAAGUUUAUGUUUAUAAUAAUUUCUUUCUAAGGUUUUCUAACAAACAAUUUGGUUUGAAUAAUUUUGAAGACUAUGAGCAACAUUUUACAGUAAUGAAUUACACAGAAGAUGCACCUUUAUAUAGAUUGCUUUGUGAACAAUUUAAACAGGAGUGGGCAAAACAAUAUAGAAGUCACGAUUGGGCAAUAGUUGAAAAAUCAAUAUUCAAUAUGAUCUCAGAAUUAUUUAUUGCAGCCACUAUGAAAGAGGCACCAUGUGGUAUAGCAAAGAGUCCUCAAUCAAGGGCUUUGUAUGCUGCAGAUAUAAUGUUGAGUUGGUAUAAACAUAAUAAAGAAACAAAAAUUCAACCAAAACUACUGGAAAUCAAUUGGAUGCCUGACUGUCAACGUGCCUGCCAUUAUUAUCCUGACUUCUAUAAUGAUAUAUUCUCUGUGAUGUUUUUGAAUAAGAAUGUUAGUACAUGUACCAAAGUGUUGUAAAGAAAAAAGUCAAAUCAAUUUCUGUGUUGUACUUCUACAAAUUACUUAUCAGCAUUUAUCACAUUGUUACAGAAUUUAUCUAAUAAAAUACAAUAAUGUU